AUGAUGAUGCCGGACGCGGAGCGCAGCCGAAUGCGCUCGAGUGCAGGCGGCAAUCGGCGGCGCGUCAAGGACUUCAACGACAGCAUAACUUGCACCCUCUGCAGUGGCUACCUGAUCGAGGCCACCACCAUCAACGACUGUCUGCACGCAUUUUGCCGGUCGUGCAUCGUGCAAUACCUCGACACCAACAAGUACUGUCCCAGAUGCAAGUCCUACAACAGCAAACCCAUUACGGUCGCCAGCUUGAGGCCCGAUCGGACGCUGCGAGCGUUGGUCUACAAGAUGGUGCCCGGAUUGCACAAAUCGGAAAUCCAAAGAACGAUCCAAUUCUACUCGGAAAGACACAGCAACAACGCCCAAGCGGUGGACGAUCAGCUGCAGGGCUGCAGUCUGCUGGAGGAUCAAAACUUCUACUCACCCGAGGAACCGAUCAGUUUAUCGCUCGAGUACCUCUACGACACGCUGCCGGAGACGCAGCAGAGUGUGGCGACGAAGGAGUCGAAGCUUCCCGUGACGUAUCUGCAGUGCCCGGCCGCGGUCACGGUGCACCAUCUGUACAAGUUCAUCCUGACCAAGAACGGGCUGCUGGUCGGUUCGGACAACAUCCGCGUCGAGAUCAUCUACGAGGACGAGAUCCUGCCGCACAACUUCACGCUGAUGGAUGUGGCCUAUUGCUUCGACUACAAGCGGGUUGCCCCGAUGCGCUUCUUCUAUCGCAUCCUGAUCCACUCGAGCGCAAAACCGCCCCAAACGGCCGCCGCUCACCGGAGCGUCGAGGGCCAGGAUAAAGGCAGCACCGGCACCAGAGGCGGCUCAGCGGCCAACACCGCCCAGUCGGCGGCAGCCCCCGGUAGCCACACGACCGCUACCCGCACCGACGGUGGCCAACGUGGGGGCACCGGUACCAAAGAGGGCGGAGGCCACAGUCCUGGCAAGGCCGGAACGAACGGAGCAGCCAUCACCGCCGGCGGUGGCAAUAAGGAGAACACCAUCACCAACGGGACCCACGCCAUGCCGCCACCGCCGCCGGCAAGUAACGUCAGCGGUGCCGGCGCCGUCGGGAUCGAGAAGCCAGCGGCCACCGCACCGUCGACGGCCACACCACACGCAGCCGGAACCCGGAAAGACCGGGUAACCGAUGCGGAGAAGAAAACGGCCACCAAGUCGUCAGCGGCUGCAGCCGGAACUGUCGGCGCCGGCGUCGGCGGCGGUCUGAAGAUGGUGCUGGUUGCGAAAGGCAAGAACCCACCGGAGGUGAAGAAGAUUCCGCCGCCGUUGAAGGUGCUACAGCAGCAACCCCCAGCCGUCGUGGCCGAAGCGAAGGAUACGCCAGCGGCAGUCGGGCUCAAAGGGGAGGCCGUUGCGUCCAAGGCUGCUCCGAAAGCCGAGGUGGUGACGGCAGCAUCGCCGGUCGGAAAGCGAUCGCCACCGUCCGGCAACGAACUGAAGUGCUACGUCAACCUCAAGAAGCAGACGAUCGUGGCCGGUGCCGUCCAGGAGAUCCCGCGGCUGAAGAUUGAACUGCCACGGCUCAAGACGAAACUGAGCGGCGGAAGUCCGUCCAACAGCAGUAGCAGUAGCUCUUCGGCCGCCACUUCACCAUCGUCGUCGGCAGCCUCAUCCUCGACCGGCAAGAGCCCCGUGUGGCCGAUGGGCAAGGAGGAGUACGCCAAGACGAUCGGUCUGAAGCCGGUAUACGCCGGGGCGUGUGAGGAGCAAGCGGCGCAAGCUUCCCGGCGCCACAAGGACGAUCGGCAGGAGUGGACGAUCGAUGGGGAACCGCACCGGAAGCGCAAGAAGGGCAAGCAUUCGAAGGAAGCGAGCGGCAAACGGCGUAAGCUGCACGCGGAGAUCUCCUCGCAGCAAGACGCCAGCCUCAAGAUGAAGGUGAAGCUGACGGAGAAGCCGCCGAAGCACGAGCGGCUCCGCUCGACCGGCCACGAGGACGAACCGGCAUCGCCACCGUCCUCACCGGUGGCGGCGCCGACGGACCGCGCCGCGUCACCACCGAAACCCGUGCCAGCAGCGCCGUCCGCGGCUCCACCCGUGGCGACGGCGGCUCCCCCUAAGGUGAUUGACAUCACGAAGGACGACGAUGACGUGAAGUUUGUCAACGAGCAGCCGCCAGUCGCCGCUGUUCCACCGGCGCCAGCGCCACCGCCCGCGGCGACGAAGGAGAAGCUGGCGGACAUGCGCGCCAUCCGCCACAAGCCGAUGGUCUACAUUCCCAACCUGGACCGCAGCCUGUCAGCCGACAGUGCCAGCGGGUCGUUCAACUCGCUCCUCGAGAGUGUCCAGGCGAAGGCUGGCCCUCCGCGGUCGGCGCCGGCGACGACGACCACGGCCCUGAAACCGACGCCAGCGCUGAUUGUGGCGGCCGGCACAGCGGCCGGCGGUGGUCUGGUGGCCAAGUCUCAGCCCCGCACUCCGAUCCUGUCGCCCCGCACCAUGCAGUCGUAUCCGCCGCUGGCGUACCCUCUCACCACCAGCAGUUCGGCGGCUCCGGCCGCCAUGUCGCCAACCGGCCCUGUGACUGGCGGCAUCCGGACGAUGGCACCGUCGAUGAAGCGUCCCUCGGUGGUGGGCAGUGACUCUUCCGCCGGAACCCAGCCUCCGAAAGUGGCGCGCCUGGAGCCACCGUCGCUGGUGUCGCCGAUGCUGCUGGCGAGUCCUAAGAAGCAGGGCGGCCCCAUUCACGCGCCGAUGUUCAACUUCGCCAAGGGCGCCAACCGGGCCAAGGCCCAACAAGCCCAGCAACAGGCGGCUGGGCUGGUGGCGGCGGCGACGGCUGCCGGGCAGCAGCCUCCGACCUCCGACCUGGUGCCGUAUCGCUCGUCCAUCAGCUCGAGCUACACGACGAAGGAACCGAUCGGGCCGAUCAAGAAACCGAUCCCGAACCUGCUCCUGCCACCGUCGUCGAUCAGUGUGACCAAGAUGUCCGACAUGGUGACGUCAUCAUCGUCCGCCAGUGUCGACGGCCGGCCAGCGCUGGAGAUCGUCCGCAUUCCCUCGACCGCCCCGGUGGCCGACAAACCUUCGUUGGCGCCGUUCACCAGUACCACCACCACCACGUCACCGGUGGUCGCUGGUCCGAAGACUACGCGGCCACCACCGGCGACCAUUCCGCUGAUCAAGAUCAAGAAGCCGGCGGUGGCGGCAGCGGGCGAAGGCACGAUUGGGGCCCCACCAGGGAUGACGCCCAUCACGCCGGGAAUGCUGCAGAAGAUUGCGGCCCGCUCGCAGUCGGAAUCGGGUGGCCUGCCCAGCAUCCUGGAUCUAUCCGGCAACGCCAGACGCCGUCCGGCGCCGACUGCCGCCGAAGAAGCGAUCAUCCUGGAGCACCUCCGCCAGCUCAGCGCACCGAAGAAGGGGAUUGAUUUUGCCCCGCGAGGUGGCGGCCGCAUCGAGGGUCGCAGGAACAGCAUCCCGGGGUUGAAGUUGCCGCCCGAGAUGAUCGGAUUUCCGGUGCCGUCGCCAUCGCCGCCGAGCCAGAAAACGCUCGCCCCGUUACCGAAGCUGACGGAGAUCAACCGGAACCGGAACCUGGCCGUUCGACAGCCGAACGCUUCGAUCCGCAACAUUCCCAACCCGUCGGCGCUGGCGUUCCGCGGUGCGCAGUCAUCCAGCGGUCAGCUUACGCUGACCGCUCCGCCGUCCUCCGGAAUGCUGAUAUCGGCCUCGUCGUCGGCCGGAUCUCCUCCGAGCGUUAAUGGCGGUCGGACGGCGAACGGUGGUGGCAGCACCAUAAGCAACGGAGCUCCCAAGUCAGCGGAUAGCACUCCGAACGGCCACUCGCGGCCAGCGAACGGUAAGCCGUCGAUCAUGAACGGCGCGGGAGCGACGAUCGAGAAGGUGGCCGCCGUUCUGAAAGCGGCCAAGGCCACGGGCGAUACGACUACGACGGUCCGUCCAGGACCAGCAUCCCAAGCCGCCUCCAGAGGUAGUUCCACCAACUCAACGACGACGGCCACGUCGACGAGCGUUGCGACCGUUAGCUCCUCAACGCCAACUACGAACGGUGUCGGGAGCAGCACCGUUACCAGCGUUACUACCGGCGGCAGCAUCUCGAGCGUUACCAACACUAACGGGAAGGCGGCAAGUAUCAUCAACGUUGGCUAG